AUGACAUCCUCGGCGGCCUCGAUCCUGCGCAGCAGCUGCAUCUGCUGUUGCUGCUGCUGAUGCCCCCGAGAAGCUCGGCGAGCUCUCAAGAGGUCAAGAGGUCCUCGGCCACGCACCCUCCUCGGCCACGCACCCUCGAGAGGUCGAGAGGGCGGCGAGCUCUCCUCGAGAGGUCAAGAGGUCGGCGAGCUUUCCUCGAGAGGUCAAGAGGCGGCGAGCUCUCGAGAGGUCAAGAGGUUCUCGGCCACGCACCCUCGGCCACGCACCCUCCGUCCAUGACGCUGCUCAUCGAAAAUCGCAAGGAGCUGUUGACCCGCUCAUCGAAAAUCGCUACGAGUGUUGACGAUUUCGAUGAGCAGCUCCUCGCGAUUUUCGAUGAGGGGCAGCAGCAGCAGCUGCAUCUGCUGCUGCUGCUGGCCCAGUUGACCAAGGCUUUCUGGAUCAAGAACAGGACAAAUCUCGUCAGGUCCGACAACAUGGUCAUCCUGCAGGAGUCGCUCAUCGUUGCCGGCACCCUGCUGUCCACGUCCUCGUUUGAGCUGGAGAUUCCAUCGUAUCUCAUCGGAAAGAAGCACCCAUCCCCAACAAAGCUUGAGUGGGAAGAUAUCAAGCAGAAGUGGCAAAUGGAGCACCGCCAGAUGAUCAGCACGUUUGCCAAGCUCAACAUGGACAACGUGGGCGCCGACAUGGUCAACAUGGACGACGUGGCCGACGAGGUCAACGACAACAUGCCGGGGCCUCGCCGACCUGCCCAGAGGGGCGUGCUGCUGUCGCUCGUGCUCUUCAUGCACCCGCGCGUGGCGCGCGCGGCCGUCGUGGUCCCCGACCACAAGAUACCCGAAACCGGCAGGUUCACGCACCGCUGCCGUCCCGGAUCCCUGAGCUGCUCAAGGACACGGACCUGAGCAUGGACGGCAGCCGGCGAGCCGGCUCCGGGCGCGAAGGAGGGGUUUGCUGCCCAAGCCCAGAUUCGUUCGCUCACAACCGCCUUUUGGGUUGAUGAUUUUUCUGGGCGCCUUGUUGAUGGGCCUGUUCCCUCCAGCCUGGCGAGUGUCCAGAAUAAAUCCAUCAACAACGCGCCCAGAACAAAUCCGCGCCGCUUCCAGCCCAACACCAAGGUCGGGGCCGUGGUCCAGCACCCCGGCAACCCCGGCGUCACCGUCGAGGUGCAGGGCCGUGUCAUGUACGACGCGGACCCGGACAGCGACCGCGACGUCGUCACGACACUUUCUGGCAGCAGCC